GCUUUCUCGUCACUUUCUUGUUUUUGUUUUUGUGCCAAUUGGGAGCUACCCAUCCUGUAGAAAUAAUCCAAUAAAAGCCCAAAAUGCCGACAAUCACGGAGCGGAUUACAGAGACAGCGGAAGCGAUGGUCGGGAAAACCACUCUAACCGUGGGAGAUUAUCUCCUGACCCGAUUGAAGGAACUUGGAUGUGAUAUGGUAUUUGGUGUGCCUGGAGACUUCAAUAUGGAAUUCCUCGAUCAAAUAGAAGAUUUUGACGGAGUUGGAUGGGGAUACAAUGCCACAGAACUCGGCGCUGGAUAUGCAGCUGAUGGUUACGCUCGAAUCAAGGGCUUGGGAGCCAUUUGCACGACUUUCGGCGUAGGCGAGUUGAGCGCGGUGAACGCUAACGCCGGUUCAUUUGCGGAAAUGGUGCCGGUCGUUCACAUUGUUGGCACGCCAAGCACCGUAUCUCAGUCAAAAGGUGCUGUCCUCCAUCACACUCUGGGCAACGGAGAUUUCCAGGUGUUUAUGCGGAUGUUCAAGGAGGUGACGGUUGCCCAAGCAUCUAUCGUACCUGAAAAUGCAGCAGCAGAAAUAGACCGCGUUCUUACCGCGUGCGUCAAGAAAAGGCGACCAGUGUAUAUUGGUCUUCCCUCGGAUGUCGCCUUCAAGAAAAUAACCGUCGAAAUGAGCACACUUGAUGUGCGACCACCUGAAAAUCCAGAAAAGCCAGAAGAGGAAGCGAUCGGUCAUAUCUUGCAGGCAUUGACGCAGGCAAAGAAUCCCGCGAUACUUAUCGACGGCUGCGCUCAGCGUUACCACGUGGAGAAAGAACUGAGAGAAUUUGUGGAUCAGAGCGGUUUCCCAGUUUAUGAGGCACCCAUGGGAAAAUGCGUCAUAUCGGAAUUUCAUCCUCACUUCCGUGGCUCCUACGUCGGAAAGCUGACCCCGGACCCGGUCCGAAACGAGCUCGAAUCAGCAGAUGUCGUGAUUAUGGUUGGAUCGAUCAAAAGUGACUUCAACACUGGAGGCUUCACUUUUCAGAUUCCGCAAGACAAGCUUAUCGAGCUUCACUCAGACCACACCAUGGUCUUCUAUGCCACAUAUCAAAAAGUCGGCUUCCGUAGAUUACUACAGAAGCUUAGUCAACGGCUCACCCCCCGCCCAUGGAACCUCCCACCACCAAUCUUCAAUGGAACCGAAGGUGUUGCGGGUGAUGACCAGUCGGAGAUCAGACAUUCAUACUUCUGGAAUGCAUUAGGAAAGUUUUUGGGUGCUGAGCCGCACAUCGUGACGGCUGAAACAGGCACCAGUAGUUUUGGAACCUCCAUGCAAAGACUUGCAGAUGGGUCGGCGUACAUCUCUCAGGUCCUGUGGGGUAGCAUCGGUUAUGCGACGGCUGCUGCUCUAGGUGCUGCGGUUGCUGGGCGCGAGCUAAAGAAACCAUUGCGCACGGUCUUAGUUACGGGUGACGGAAGUUUCCAGCUGACGGCUGUCGAGCUGUCAACUUUCCUCCGUCACAAACUCAAUCCCAUAAUCAUCAUAAUCAACAACGAUGGCUAUACCAUCGAGCGCUACAUCCACGGCAAAGAGCGCAAGUACAACCGCACAGCAAUGUGGAAUUACGCGAAUGCCUUGCAAUUUUUCUCGGUCCCGCAAGAUAAGGAACUCGUCUCCAAAAUCGGCCUUCAGCGUCGCAUAACCCAGAAGGGGGAGGUCGAGGCAGCCUUGAGCCAAGCAUUUGCUCAGAAGGACGCAAUUCACAUCCUGGAGGUCGUCACCCCCAAGCUGGAUGCGCCCAACGGAAUGGUGAAGACAGCAGAGAGGGCUGCUGCGGAAAAUAUGUACUUGGGGGAUUCGUAAUAGGCGCCAUAUGCUGUACAUAUGGUUGAGUCUAGCUUGCGUUUAUUGGCUUGCUUACAUGUAGAUAAGGUAGCGUGAAGAUAUUGUACAAGUCCAUAUUGGAAUGUAUGCCAUAUACCAUACAAGAUUAUCAAUGGUCCGCGUACAAUUCGAGUUAUGGCAUUAGUCCUA